AUGAAGGAAGUGGAAACAGUGGACACAUUAAAAACGAUUACCGAGCAUGGAUUCCCUCUUUACAACAAAACAACAGCAAUCAGCUCAUAUGGUAAUCUCCACUUCCUUUUUGCAGGUGAUGAGAAUGGUUAUGUUGAAGUAUUUGAUGUACAGUUUAAGUCUAUCCGCAUCUGCAAGCAAAAAGUCCAUGAAAGUUCAAUAAGUCGAAUAAUUUAUAUACAAGAAAUAGAUUUUAUGGUCUCCUGUAGCUUCGAUGGUGUUAUAUGCAUGUGGAACUACGACCAGAAAUACAAAACAAUAGCUGUUACCCUUACUUUUAAAGUUCCUGACACUCAUUUAACGAAUUUAUUCUAUGAUAAGCUGACAAAUGAGAUUGUUUUCACUACUACAAAACAUCAUUUCGGAAGUUGGCAGACUUUUACGAAGCAAUACCAUAUAGUUGAAACUCCAAUGGCAACAAUUUCGGCUUUAGCAGUAGUUACAUCAACAACAAGCUUUGUUAUCACUGUAUCAGACAACAACAUGGCUUCUGCAUAUUCAUUGCCCCACUUUAAACUGAUAGAUUCAUGGUUAGUUAAAGAUCAGCACCAAAACAUCGCUCCAAGCCAAUUAUUUGUCCUCGAAAACAGUCUAUUCAUGUUUGGAGGAUAUGUUUCUAAGUGGGCGAUAAGAACAGAGAACUCAUACGGUCGAAAACCACAUAAAGGAGUAAUUAUUGGAUCAAGUGUCAGCGCUGAUGGCUCUACAAUCAUCAGUAUUGAUAGUACAGGACAUAUUUCCACUUGGUCGCUUGAAAAUGGAAAGAAAGUUUGUGAUUUCCAAAUUAAAGAUGUAUCAAAACUUACUUUGGCAUCAUUUGACAGUUUAAGAAAGAGAAUUGCUGUUACAGAUAACAGUAAUUGUGUUAGAAUUGUUGCUGCAACAUCAGGAUCCCUUUUAAACACAAUUCCAAGUUCAAAUUUCGAAGGAAAAAUUUCAAGUUUAUGUUUUUCGAAAGUUGGAUUUUCUGGAACAUUUUUUGUAUCUUCAGGUACAAAGAUCUAUGAUUUUGAUGAACUUCCAGGCAACAAAAUGCGUCCAAAACAUAUCUACACAGGUCACAGCGAAAACAUUUCUUCUUUGAUAAUUUUGAAGAGUUUUUAUCCACUGACUAUAGGAGAAGGCUUCGAAUUAUAUCUCUGGCAAUCACAGACAUCAUAUAUACCAUUCAUUUUAGAUGCAGAACCAACAAUUGCUUGCGAUAUUCCAAGCAGCAAAGUUAAUUUUUUGGUUGGAGACAUGAAUGGAAAUGUCAAUGUAAUGUCGAUAAAAAUGAAGACUCCUUUGAAGAUAAUUAAUGCAUUUGGAAUGAACAGACAGAUACAGAUCUCUUCCUUGUUUGUAGAUAUAACGAAAUCUGUUUUCUUCGUUGGAAAUGGUCUUGGAUUUUUGAGAAUUGUAAAUUUAAAUGACUUCACUUUUGUUGGCAAAAUUUUCAGACCACAUGAAGAUACAGUGAAAUGGCUUGAUAUAUCAGAAGAUUUCGAUGUUGUUGUUAGCAGUGGUUAUGACAAUGAAAUUGUCGUUUACCACACAGAAAAAGAAUGUUUCGUUGGAAGAUUAGGAACUGCAAAAUAUUGGAAUAUUGAAAAUAUUUCGACAUGGAUAAAAAUACAACAAGCUCCAGAUUUGCCUUAUCUCUUCAUGAGUUCUUCUUCUUAUUCUCAGUCAUUGAAUGAAUCUGAUAAAAGUAAAGAAGAUGAAAAUGUUCAUCCUGUUUCGAUUGAAAUUCCUUAUCAACAAGGAAGGAAAAUCAUGGCUUUGGAUUCUCCUUUGUAUCAAAGCACAAAUUUCCUUUCGAGUGUUUCGAAUUUGGAUGAUGCAACUAAAUAUAUUUCUGAGAUAGAUGAGAGGACGUCUGAUAGAUAUAGAGAAAAGAACAGAAGAGAAAUAGAUAACAUAAGAAGAAGACUUGAAGAAGAUAGAAGAAAUCAAAUGAGACCUAAAUCUUUCCAAGUUGAAAUAGAACUGUUCAAUGAAAAUGGAAAACUUCGUCAGAUCAACAAAAAGAAAAAGAAAUAA